AUGGAAGUAAACAUAAAAGAUGAUUAUUCGGAAGAAAUUUUCUGGAACUUGUUCGCACAACUAGAGGGUCUAUCAUUAUUAUCAGAAGAUGAAGUAGUUGCAGAAGAAACAACUGAGCCAUGGAACAUCAACGCUCUUCGCGAACCGUUAUCAUCUCAGUUCCGAAAACGACCACUACCAUCUGCUGCAGCUGGAGUUGAUCAACUUAUGGGACCAGAGUAUCGUCAAGAUUCAGUUGUUUACACACAAGAUCAGGGAUCCAACAAGCGUAUUAUUUAUGUUGAUCCAACUCAACAAGAAGAUCAGUGCUACAUUGCUGAAACAAGUCAAAGUAUCAAUCCAACUCUUCAAACUGGGCAUUCUCCAUCUCAGGCUUUAUUCACAGUUUCACCAGAGUCUAUCCACUUCACGGCUGUUGGUUCUUCAGUUGAUACUCGUGCUGCUCAACAACAACCGAAGAAAAGACAGAGACGGUGA